GUGUGUGUGUGUGAAAGAAAGCGAGAGCGAGCGCGCAUAGGAGUCUCAAAGGCCAAACUCCGGCCAGUUAAGAGCCGGAGGGCUGAGUCCCGCUGACCUGACUUGGAGCUUCCCUGGAGUUCUCGCGCAGAGGCGCUCGCUCCGACCAAGGGCAAGGGACGCCUGCGAGCAGCCAGUCCCCUUGAAGAAUGGCCCCUCAACAACUUACUUUACCUCCUUUUAAAGACAGUGAUAACAUGGGCUUUCUCUCUCCAAGGACUCCCAGCCUUCCGGGCAGGCGCACGACCCGGCGGCGUCGCGCGCCAAGUCCGGACCCUGGCACCCCGGCGCAUCCCUCCCUUCCCCGCCCCGGCGCUCGAGACCGGGACAAAGAGUUGGUACCAAGUUUGAGCGCCCGGCAGGGCCAGGCUCAGAGAAGGAAGGUUCCCCCGGCAGACACCUGGGUGCCAGAGGUGGAGCGAGGAGAAGUAGAAAGGCGAAUUCACAAUCCUGGGAGUGGUGGGCAGGCAGGGGAGGGGAGUCAGGCCAAUAGCAGCAGAGUGAGCGCCUGGCGAGCUGGGGCUCCGGAUGUCAGGCCUGCCUGGCGCUCCACCAAAAAAAACAAACAAACAAACAAAAAAAACCGUUCCUCCCAGGUCCGCUCGGAUUCCCGAAGCCCCUCUGGAAAAACUCCUUCCCCUCUUACACCAAACUUUGCGCCGGGGCUCCUUCCCUCCCGGGGAGGCAGCGGCGCAGAAGGGGUUAAGCCAGCCUGUCCCAGCUGACAGUCAGCUGAUUGGGCCCUGAUUGACAGCUCCGAAAAGUUUCCUUGUUUCUAUACUAUUAUGCUAAUCGCAGUCGCUCUCGCCGCCUCCCAUUGGUCCGGAGUGCCAGUCAAUUUCUCAUUUGGACCUGACGUCACGAGUGCUAUAAAACUCCGCAAUUGCUUUAAACUCUUCUUGCUGGAUCAGAGGCUUUAAAAUCUUUUUUCAUCUUCGAGCUGUAGCUCGGGCAGCUCGUCGGCUUGGCCUCCCCCUCCCUCCUUUGCUCUCUGCCUCGUCUUUCCCCAGGACUUCGCUAUUUUGCUUUUUUCUUUAAAA